CUGUCGAGGACAUGGAGUGCAACAAGGACGAAGCGAAAAGGGCAAUGGAUGUUGCUGAGAGGAAGGUUAAAGAAAAGGACUACAACGGUGCCAAAAGAUUCGCUAACAAAGCUCAAAACUUGUUUCCCGACCUGGGUGGUCUGAAACAAUUGUUGACAGCUAUCGAUGUUUACAUCUCGGCUGAGAAACAAAUCUGCGGAGCAGCUGAUUGGUAUGGUAUCCUUGGUGUAGAUCCCACUGCUAAUGAUGAAGCAAUGAAGAAACAACACCGUAAACUACUUCUUAUGCUCCAUCCGGAUAAAAACAAUUCUGACGACGCUAAAGGUGCGUAUGACCUGGUUUCAAAAGCUUGGUAUCAACUAUCUGACGAGACGCGGAGAGCUUCAUACGACGAAAAGAGAGCCAAAGAAGUUCAAAAAACUGUCCCAACAACACAGAGCAUGAAUAUUCGACCACACCGUCCAACCUCUAGCUGGAGUACUCCUCAUGUUGUGUAUGAGCCUGUUGUUCUGAAGCCCCCUGUCCGUACGAAUCUAUCCAGUAUGGGUUCGUCUUCUUUGAAGAUGCCGGAGGAGAGUAUUACUUUUUGGACAAAGUGUGGGAUAUGCAGGACGAUAUAUCAGUAUCCAAGGGUUUAUCUUAACCUGCACUUGCAAUGUCCAACCUGUGGUCAUGGUUUUAUGGCACUAGAGAUACCUCCUCCUCCUUCAACUGUUCCGAAGCCGCCACGCAAGAGUUCCAAAAAGCAAGCGUCAAGAAAAAAAUCAACUGGUCCUUCGUCGUCUACUAGGAGAGAGACUGCUGCACCACCAUCUGUUAACCAUAUUUUUGAUCAGUGGGAUUUUUCAUCAGGAACGGCUGGUUCUAGCAGCGGAAACGCCACAAAUCAAGCUGAGAAUGUGGUUCGACAAGCACAAGUGAAAAGAAAGCGUGGGGAGUCGCAAGAAAAGGAUACUGCUAUCAAGAGGUCGAAGAAAGAUGAGUCCCAUAUGCGUGGUCAAACAAGUGCAAGAAAUGUUGUAGCCAGUGGAAGUACUGAAACGCCCAACAACUUAGGCGGCUCUUCUCGUCGUCAUCCUCAUGUACAAGAAAUGUUGUUAUCUGAUGAUGUUGUAGAUAAAGUGCUUAUGGAAAGAGGCCAGUCAGAAAUUUUGAUGAGACUUCCGAAGAUGAUGGCUGAACUGGAAGCAAAAGUGAGGGUAACUGAAGGGAAGAAGAAACGUAUGAAGGCAGCAAUCAAUAUGAGUGGAAAGAAAGAUGAGGUUAAAAGGUCAGUCGACAAAGUGAAGAUAAACGAUGAGGUUGUAGUAAAGUCAGCUGAGGAAGUGAAGACAAAAGAUGAGGUUGUAAGACCAGCUGAGACAACUGAUGAGGUUGUAAGAUCAGUUGAGGCACUGAAGAAAAAUGAUGAGGUUGUAAGAUCAGCUGAAAUUCCACUUGGAUUCUUCUCAGAGGAAGCACAUUGGAAUGAGAGAAGUGAAGCUGUACAAGAGGAGAGCUAUGUCGUCCCAGAGGAAUUCAUGGAUAUGGAUCUCGAUGACUGGUUUAAGCUUUGAAGCUAGUGGCAGUCAACGUACAAUGGAGGAAGAAACAUAUCAUAUCAGCUCAUUUUAUAUUGAAUCAUUAGGGCACAAGACUAAUCAAAAGUCAGGUUUGAUCUUUUGCUUUCUUAAUUAUUUAUCUUUCUUUUGUUUAAAGUCGACCCAGAAACAUUAGCCUAAAAUAUUUCGAAUAUUUUUUGGGGGCCGGGGUCAAAUGUACAACAUUUAUGGUAUUUUAGUAUUUAUUCGAUAAAACCUGAAAUAAUUUUGUAAGAACUCAGUUCGAGAUUUCGA